AUGAAGACAUAUCAUCAGGAUGCAUCUUCGUUACCAACGCCUCGUCAAUGGAGGGAAGCUCAGGACGAGAAUGAUAACCAACGGCGCUAUAAACGACCCGGCACCGGUUUGAGCAAAGAAUGCUGUUAUUGUCUCUCGGCAGCGCUAGCACUGCUCACUAUCGGUCUUUUGUUAUGUGCUGCAGGUGUAGCUGUAGCUGUAACGCUGCUACUCAACCAAUCAGGAAAAGCAGCAAAUACUGUUGCUCAAACGACUAACACAUCCACAACUAUCACAAAUGCCACUGCAACAACCACAACAAUAACAACUUCCACUACCACCACUUCAACUAGCUCCUCUACGAGCUCGACAUCCACAUCCACAUCCAGCAGCACAUCAACUUCAGCAACAACAGCUACAACAACUACUGCUACUACAGUAACAACAAAAUCAACCACGUCUGCCACUACAACCACCACAACUUCCACCACUACUACCAAGCCUUGGUGUACAACCAAAGUCACAUUCGAUAACAUUACUGGUCAGACAUCCACAUCAGGUGCCGUUCCCAACGGUUACCAAAAUCUCAACUGGACCAAUACCAAUUAUCUUAAUGCAUCAACAGUACCCUCUAGUGGUUACCCCAUAGCUAUGCAGUCUCCAUCCUAUGUGGCUUACAAUCCAGGAGGCGCUGCUGUCCAAAUAAUAUCAGCAAACGGAACCAGUUUCUCUUUUGACUCAGUGACCAUAGCAGCUGCCUAUCGAUCUGGUCUACAGUGGAAUAUCAAUCUGUAUCGGUUAGGUGUUCUUCAGAUAUCUGGACCGUUUCUAAUAAACACGGUGAAUUCUACAAUUAUCAGUUGUGGUGUAUGUACAAAUAUAGACACAAUAGUGUUUACGACAUCGGGUGGCACAGCUGUGAAUGGUUUGUCGGGAAGUGGAACUGAAUUCGGUUUCGAUGACUUGUGUAUUUCAUUUGGAUAUUAA